ACUAUGCUGAAGCUUCAAGUAGCCAAGCAAUGGAUUUGUCUCAGACGAGAGGCAAACGCAAGCUAAGAGAUUUAGGCAGGGAGAGUCGAGGAGAGUCCUGUCUCACCUCCGACUCGGAAAAUGAGGUCUACACCUCUGUGAUUGUUUCCGAUGAGGAAAGCCACAACGGUUCCUUCAAAGAAUGCCCUGAAAGCCCCACGAAAGACAACACUCAGCGGGAGGUCUACAGUGACAGGGGAUCGGUCGGAGGGAAGGUUUUACGCUCUACAACUGUGUUCCUUUCUGAUGCAGAGGAUGAAUAUGAGGAAGAGGAGGGGUCAGGGGGACAGAGGGCCAAGAGGAAAAAAAGGGGGGAGUUUGAACGUGAUGAAGUGGAGGUGAAAAAGGAGAGGCAGGACCCUGAUGUGGAUCUGGAGUUGGAAGCCCAAGGGGAUCCUCCGUAUUCACAGUCCCACAUCAUGGACCACCCAGAGAUCCCAGCCAGUGCUCUUCACUCACUCCCCUUGUCCCUCACUCCCUUCUCAGCACAGUUUCUCAGCCCUUAUGUUGUCUCUCUGGCGCCACCGAUAAUCGGGGACGGGAGCAAAGUACCCGUUUUCAACAACCCGCCAACCAUCACUCGUUUCGCCAGCUCUCUCCUGUCACAGUACAGUCUCUCCCAUCCAAACCAAAUUAUUCCUCACUUGUCCAAUGGCGAUGACUGCGAGGCUGCGCUGGAUCUCAGCAUGGGCAAAAACAGCUCGAAAUCUGCUUCCUCCUCAUCUCUGGCUGAUAAAAUUGCCAUACAAAAGGGACAGUUGCUUGAUGGCCUGGGCUUGAAGCCAACAUCCAAAGGUCUUGUCGUGGUCCAGGUUAAGCCGGAGCCGGUAAGCGGCGUGCCGUCUUCCAACAGUGGCAUGAGUCUGGUCAACUGCAGCAAUCUGACCAAGUCCAGCAUUUACAUGAGGGCAGCUGAGAAAAUGAAUGCCACGCUAUUGGAAAGGGAGCGAGAGAAGGAGCAGGAAAAGCAAAAGGAGAGGGAUCAAGAGCAGCCGCAGCAGAGAAAGGCCAAAGGAAAAAGGUUUCGAGACAUGCGGCGUUCCAGGACCAUCAUUCAAGCUGAACAACUUGACAUCCUGUAUGGGUGCUAUUUCAAAGAUCCGAAUCCUGGGAAACAUGAAUUCGAACAAAUUUCCGAGUGGGUUCAUCUUCCAAAGAAGGUUGUUCAGAUUUGGUUCCAGAACAUGAGGGCAAGGGAGAGGAAAGGCGAGGUCCGAUUUAUCAGUGACGGCACGCUGGCAGCGGUCGGCAAACCUCUCAUCAAAUUCACCUGGCCUCUGUCCAAACCCAUAUUCUCCAACAAGCCUGCUACAAACAAUGCUGGAUGUAUGACAGCUACACCAAUUGUGCGGACCCUCAUCAAGACGGAGCGAGAGCCUGUGAAGGAGCCAAGCAAGCCAGUCUUGAUAAAAAGAUAA